AGUUCGAAUUUCGGAAUUCAAAAGACAAAAAUGGCAAAAGUGGCUCGUAACGCACUCGUGGCUGUCGCCCACGGAAGUGAGGACAUUGAAUUCGUGACUCUGGUUGAUGUUUUGCGCAGGGCUGGAGUUUCAGUGACCGUUGGUUCUGCAGGUGAUUCCUUGGAGACGGUCUUGGCUCACGGAACAAAAGUUACCGCUGAUGACCUCAUUUCAAACGUCAAGGGCAAGACUUUUGAUCUCAUUGCUGUCCCGGGUGGUCUUCCAGGAUCGACCAAUUGCGCCGCCAACUCUCACUUGAUUGAGAUGCUCAAACGUCAAAAGGAGGAGAGGCGUCUCUACGCCGCCAUUUGCGCAGCUCCAUCCGUCGUACUCGCUGAUCACGGUCUGCUACACCCCGACGUUAGCGCCGUCGGAUACCCAGGAUUUGAUUCCAAUUUCCCCAAAAAGGCAAAUGAGCGUGUACACGUCUCAGGACAUUGCGUGACAUCUCAAGGCCCUGGAACAGCCCUAGAGUUUGCGCUCAAGCUCGUUGAGUUGCUUUGCGGAAGUGACAUCAAGGACAAGCUUUCAAACGGCAUGUUAUUGCAUCCUGCUAUGCGCUUUUAGAAUCACCAAAAUGCAGAAGCUCUGGGACCUUUUUCAAGAGGUACCAAAUCCUGCUACAAGAGAAUAUCAUCACC